AUGCGGAAGCAUGGCAGCCUGACCCACGACGAAGAGAUCAACGAGGCAUCUUGGGUGGCCGCGAGGGGAGCAGCCGUCGGGGCGUGCAAAUGGGGUCUGUUCUCAUUCGUCGCCGCCGGCUGUGGCUACAUGUUCAGCCCAGUCUAUCGAGGUCUCACAGUACAGAUGAAAGUCUUCCUGCAGAUGAGUGGCAUGACUUUUGGUUCGAUUGUCGAAGCCGAUAGACGCUUGAUCGCGCAUGAAAAGUUUAUGCGCAUCAGGAAGAAGGGAGAGAGGGAUGCCCAUGUUUGGCGCAUGUACGAACAGGACUAUGAGAGGUCGAGACAAGCAUCCAAGGACGAAUCAGACUAG